GCGGAACGGAACAAACACCCAUGGCUGAAAGAAUCAACCCCCCCAUUCGUAGGGAUGGAAUCGGAGGCGCAUGUGUGUAUGUACAUACGUAGAUAGAUACAUGUACCAUACGCGUUCCAUCGCAUGGCCUUCAUUAAGACCAGCCGGCCUUUCCGAUACAAGGCUUAAUUAGAUCUUCUGAGGUUGGCAAAGCUGAUAUCGACGAUUACAAUCAUCUUACGGCCAUUUUGCCCAUUUUGAGCAACACGCGCUGAAGCUCCCAUCAGCUAUCCCUUACCGGACUCAAGUACACCCCUCGUCGCAUCUCCAUCCCUUUCCAAUCAGCCACAUCCAGGGGUCUUCUUUCUGUCUCCUGAUAUCUAACGCCAUGUCCACCACGUCGGCCCCAAAAACCGGCAUCAAAGUGAUCGUGGUUGGCGCCGGCUUCGGCGGCCUGACGGCAGCCAUCGAGUGCCACCGCCAGGGCCACGACGUGUCCAUCUAUGAGAACUUCCCCGAGCUCAAGACCCUCGGUGACAUCAUCUCGUUCGGGGCCAACGCCGGGCGCAUCUUCUACCGCUGGUCCAAUGGCGAGAUUGCGCGCCGCCUGCGCGAGCUGUGCAUCGACCUGUCCUCCUACGGCUUCCGCAUCCACAAGUGGGACACCGGCGAGGUGGUCUACCACCAGCCAACGCCCGAACAGAAGCCCGACGCACCCGUGCUCAACGGCCACCGCGGCGAACUGCACGAAGUGGUGUUCAGAUACGCCCGCGACGAGCUGAAGAUCCCCAUCCACCUGGGCCAGCCUGUCAACGAGUACUUCGAGGACGAGAACCAGGCGGGCAUCGUGCUGAAGAGCGGAGAGCGCGUCGUCGCCGACCUCGUCAUCGGCGCGGACGGCGUGCGGUCCAAGGCGAGGGAGUUGGUGCUGGGAUAUGUAGACAAGCCGAAGAGCAGCGGAUAUGCGGUGUGGCGGGCGUGGUUCCCCAACACAGACAUGAUCAAAGACCCUCGCACACGCGAGUUCUGCAUCAACGGCGACACUUUCAACGGCUGGAUCGGCCCGGACGUCCACUUCCUGUUCAGCACCAUCAAGGGUGGUAAGGAUUGCUGCUGGGUCUUGACCCACCGCGACGAGCACGACAUCGAUGAGUCCUGGUCCUUCCCGGGCAAGCUCGAGGACGUCUACAAGGUCCUCGAGGGCUGGGACCCGACCUGCCGGGCCAUCGUCGAGAAGACGCCAAGUCUGGUGGACUGGAAGCUCGUCUACCGCGAUCCCCUGCCGACCUGGGUGAGCAAGCAUGCGAGGAUCUUGCUCGUCGGAGACUCGGCGCAUCCGUUCCUGCCCACCAGCGCCCAGGGGGCAACUCAGGCGAUGGAGGACGGAGUGACGAUUGCCGUGUGCCUGAGGAGAGCCGGUAAGAACAACGUGCCGGCUGCCGUUCGGGUGCACCAGGAGAUUCGGUAUGAGCGUGUCCGCUUGGUGCAGAAGACCGGUGAGACCACGCGCGACCGGUGGCACAAAACAGACUGGGAAAAGGUCGCCAAGGACCCCAAGAGCAUCGCGUUCCCGCGCGAGGACUGGAUCCACCAGCACGAUGCCGAGAAGCACGCCGAGGAGGUGUUUGACGACAUCUUCAAGAAGGUUACGCAGCCGGAACUCUUUGAGAAUGUCAAGCUGCUGCCUGUCGGGCCCAUCCCCGUGGCGGUAUGAUACAGAUAGCUUCAGAUGCAGCAAGUUCUGUUGUAUCUCAAGUUCUCCUGGGAGGUUGCAUUGGAUAAGCAUGGGGCUUAUGAUUAAGAAAGAAUAGGUAAUUAUGCUACAUUGAUGUGGCGUGUUAGAGCUGGUGAUAUCGGAAACAGCUGACACGCAUUGAGCGGUAAUUAUGACGGGGUGUGCUUUGAUAUAUCCAAGACACAUUCUUACAAGGAGGAUUCGGGCUGGUGGCUCGUGAUUAUAGCUAGAGUAGGGCCUGUGAGAGACAGCGCGAGAAUGGCAUGUUUGCGCCCUACUUCGGCCAUGAUCUACCUCCGAACUGACGUGCUACGAUUUAGUUAGUAGAAUGAUAAUU